GAGAAGAAUCCAUGAUCACUUGGAUCCAGGCAGCAAAGAUACCAACUUUGAGUCAAGAUGGUGGAUUGAACGUCUGGAAGAAAUGGGCCAAGCCACUCUUAGACAAAAAAGAAAUGCGACUGGGCUCAGUCAGGAGCUACCUUUUGUCCCUCUCAAAAUUUUGUGAAUUCAUCGCAGACCACGUGGUGCACCAGGUCAGUGGAUUUCCGCAGAUAUCAGAUGACAUCGUCAACCGUGCAAAGAGCGUUUCCUUGAGAUUCAAAAGCAUGAGCUCAUUGAUCAACAAAGAGUAUGCACACCUGAAGUGGGAGAAGAGGAUUCAGGAAGAAGCAAACGCUGUCCCUGUCAGUGUCAUUCAAGACAUGAUGGACACUAAGCCGGCAGUGGAGGCCAUUCGCUAUCUAACACAAAGUUACAAUACCUGGCCCACUGAGAAGAUGUUUGUAGCAAUCAGAGAUUUGCUCUUGGCAAGGCUAGAGAUAGAAAAUUGCCAGCGGCCUGGGCCAUUAGAGUCUGUGACCCUUGAGGAAUUUAAUCAAGCGAAGAAGGUCGACGGGAAGAUAGUGAUGAACGUGGCAAGACAUAAGACAUCGAAGACCGGUCCUGCACCCAUCACAAUGAGCGAAAACACAUAUACCAACUUAAAAGCCUAUGUCCGGCAAGUCAGGCCUCACUUUGCUACCGAAGAGGAAGAGGCAUUGUUUGUAACACGCGAGGGCAACGCCUUUCCUUCUGGCACAAUCGGGAGAAGAAUUAGCACAUGGUGGAAACGGGCCACAGGCCGGAACAUCACAAGUACCCAACUACAAAAAGUAGGAUCAAGUGAAACAAUGGAUGAAGACCUUCAGACUCAAAUUGCUGUUCAGACCUUGAUGACACACCGGAGGACAACUGCUGAGGAUCACUACCAGAUCCUAAACAAAACAAGACAGGCAGUAAAAGGUCACACCGCUCUUGCAAAGAAGUUGGGACUCAAAGACACAGCACCAACGGUCUUCGAAGAGGAUUCCCAAUCCCAAGAGGAACCAUCUGAAUUCCAAUCGCCAUCCAAACAUGGGUUUACAGAGGACCAGCUGAAUGACAUCGACAUAUUAUUUGCAGAGAAAAUAUCUACCAAUGCUCCUGACCAUGUUAGAGGUACGUAACACCAUGUCGGAAAGCAUCAACUUAGUGACUGAACUGCACAACCAAAGUUUAGUCAAGAGGGUCUACAAACGUGUCAAAUACCUCCAGAAGAAGAACUUUGAAAACGGAUUAGACCAGAUCAACGAUGAGAAUGACCAGUUUUCAAGCAACUGGGUAAAGUCUGAGUUCUGCUUUCAGUGGACCCUCACGACACUUCACCUGGAGUAAACCAGACACAGAAGUGAUUGCAGAAGCCUUCAAAACGUAUGACAAAUGUCCGUCGAAGAAGGAAAUUUACAAACUGUUUGAAAGUGUGGAAGAACUCAUUGACAUCGCGGAAAGAAACAAUAGACUGAUGUUAUGAGAAAGUGAAAACACUCUUCAAACAACGAAAAGUGUAAGAACAUUGUAGUCCACAUGGUCAUCCACGUUGUAUUGUGAUAAGGGUUUCAAGAAAAACUUGGAGCUUUGGUGGGUUGGGCAUCUCCGGUUAAAGUUUGCCUCUUUGAGGAUGAAGGAGAUGACAAUCCGACUCCCAUCGUCACCACCGUUGAGUUUCACCAGAAAAAAGCUAAAAUCCAAAAAAGUUCAAAUUAGGAAUAUAGUUCAGCCAAGCUGAGCAUUUUUAAAAUAUCAUUGUAAAUAGAAUUGUAUCA